CUGUAGAGACACUUUCCUGGCAACGCCAAGGGCAAAGUGCACUAGCCCAUCUAUAAAAGUCUCAGUUGGUUAGGCAACGGUGCAGUUGGGUAUAGCGAGCUCUUGCACCAAAGGCUACAGCGCCAAAAUGAAGGUUCUGGUUGUGUUCCUGGCGUGCGCCAUUCUUACGGCUUCAGCUGGACAUCUGGAGCUAUGCGGCUACAACACGGAAGAGCUGUCCAUAGUGACAACCUGCAUUCAGCUGAAGGCCUCUGUUGGGCUCAAGGCCAGUCUGCUCAGAAUAAGGCUUCAGCUCAACUGCCUGAAUGACGUGUGCAUGAUCCAAACGCUGUGUGGACAGGGAGAGCUGGUGGACGUGCUCCCACAGUACCUCUCGGACGAAGAAAUCGUAGAGCUUCAUGACAUCGCUGAAGAAUGCAAACCAUGAUUUUUGCAAGAGGAAACAGGCAGUGUUGCUUGACUCGAGGAAAGCAUGAAUCGAAUAAAAAGAUGAUCAGAAUUGAAUUGAA